AUGUCCGAACAAACAAAUGUCGCCGACCAAUUGACCGAAAAGCUGCGCGCAAGCAACGUCCAGGAUGGAGCCCCUUCAGAGGACUGGAAGCAGAAGCUGAACCUCCCAGCGAAGGACAACCGACAGCAGACAGAGGAUGUGACCAACACCAAGGGUUUCGAAUUCGAGGACUUCAAGCUUUCGCGCGAUCUGAUGAUGGGCAUAUUCGAAGCAGGUUUUGACAAGCCCUCGCCGAUCCAAGAAGAGAGCAUCCCCGUCGCCCUGCAAGGCCGCGACAUAUUAGCCCGAGCAAAGAACGGAACAGGAAAGACCGCCGCCUUCAUCAUCCCAUGUCUCCAGAGGGUCAAACCUCAAGUCUCCCGUAUCCAAUGCCUCAUCCUCGUCCCCACACGAGAGCUUGCCCUGCAGACAUCACAUGUGUGCAAGACUCUGGGCAAGCACCUCAACAUCAACGUCAUGGUCACAACCGGUGGCACCGGCCUGCGAGAUGACAUCCUCCGUCUCAGCGAGCCCGUCCACGUCCUCGUCGGCACCCCCGGCCGAGUAGCAGAUCUUGCAAGACAGAACGUUGCCGACCUGAGCGAAUGCCCCAUGCUCGUUAUGGACGAAGCAGAUAAGCUGCUCUCGGUCGAGUUCCUUCAGUCUAUCGAGGAGAUCCUUGGACGUCAUCCCAAGGACCGUCAGCUCAUGCUCUUCUCCGCGACCUUCCCAAUCUCCGUCAAAGACUUUUCCGACAAGCACAUGAACACCCCUUACGAGAUCAACCUUAUGGACGAGCUCACGCUACGCGGCAUCACGCAGUACUACGCUUUUAUAGAGGAGAAGCAGAAGGUGCACUGCCUGAACACGCUCUUCUCCAAACUGCAGAUCAACCAGUCCAUCAUCUUCUGCAACUCCACCAACCGUGUCGAGCUUCUUGCCAAGAAGAUCACCGAGCUCGGCUACUCGUGCUUUUACAGCCACGCCAAAAUGCCCCAGGCCGCCCGAAACCGAGUGUUUCACGACUUCCGCAACGGUGUCUGCCGCAAUCUCGUGUGCUCCGACUUGCUUACCCGUGGAAUUGACAUCCAGGCCGUCAACGUUGUCAUCAACUUCGAUUUCCCAAAGAAUGCCGAAACCUACCUCCACCGCAUCGGACGUUCCGGCCGAUACGGUCAUCUUGGUCUAGCUAUCAACCUUAUCAACUGGGAGGACCGUUUCAACCUCUACAACAUCGAGCAGGACUUGGGAAUUGACAUCCAGCCCAUCCCAUCGACCAUCGACAAGAGCCUCUACGUGUACGACAAUCCCGAAUCCAUCCCUCGCCCAAUGAAGCCGGCCCAGCAGCAGCAACAACAGCAGCAGCAGCAGCAGCAGCAGCCUCAACAGGCACAGUCCUCAUCCUACCAGUCUCAAACUCAGCCCCAGCCUCAGUCCCAGCCCCAGCAGGCACUGGGCCAAAAUGACUACCGCCAGAAUGGGCAACACCGUCAGUACCAAGGCAACCGCCAGGGAGGCUCCAGGGGAGGCGGCUCAGGCGGUCGCGGUCGGGGCGGCUACCAAGGCCAGGGCCGGGGAUUCCAGGGUUACGGCGGCCAGCGCGGCGGUCGUGGUCAAGGUCCUCCGGCACCUGCACCACAGGCAUAA